AACAAACAGAUAAAGAGAAAUGGAGGGCGAGUGAUUUUCUUUAGAUUCAUUCAGAUGAGAUGUAUACCUUCCUUUGAUUUAGGAGUAAAUCAGAGAGCAAAUCAGAGACUGAGAGGGACGGAAAGACAGUCUUUUUAGUAUGGCCUUUUUAUUUAUUUAAGAACACGUUAUCAAUCCUGGAAAAUUUAUCAUCUCCGCUGCUUUAGAAGAAUAUAUAAAGAUUUAGCAAGCAUGGCUUCCUGUUUCUCAAAAUCCAGAGCGCUGAUUCCUCAUCUGCUAAGCUCGAGACUGAUCAUACGCCGGCCACCGCAUUUCGCUCCGAUUCCGUUCUCAACUCUCGGCGGGAUCGUUCCGCCGUACGGAUGUUGCCACACCUCUCGCCGUUCUCUUCAAUCAAUAAUCCCAUCCGAACCGCAACCGAUCCUCGAAGAUCACCCGCAGGUCUUGGAUUUCCCGGGAGGGAAGGUUAAGUUCACCCACCAUAUGAAAUUUAUUUCUGAAACCACCGAUGAGAGGAUUCACUGCUACCGCGUCCUCAACGAUGAUGGUCUCCCACUGACCAACAAUUUUCUCAAGAUGAAUAAGGAGGUUGCUGUGAAGAUAUAUACCAACAUGGUCGCGCUUCAAACCAUGGAUACCAUUUUCUACGAAGUACAAAGACAAGGAAGAAUAUCGUUCUAUCUCACAACCAUUGGAGAAGAGGCCAUGAACAUUGCAUCAGCCGCAGCUCUUCGCAUGGAUGACUUUAUCUUUCCCCAGUAUAGGGAGCCCGGAGUUUUGUUAUGGAGGGGAUUCACUCUACAGGAGUUUGCCAACCAGUGCUUCGGAAAUAAAGAUGACUACGGAAAAGGCAGGCAGAUGCCUAUCCAUUAUGGAUCUAACAAGCUCAAUUACUUCACCGUCUCAUCAACUGUUGCGACACAAAUUCCCCAAGCUGUUGGGGCUGCAUAUUCUUUGAAGAUGGAUGGUAGGGAUGCCUGUGCUGUUGUAUAUUUUGGAGAUGGAGGCUCCAGCACGGGUGACUUCCAUGCUGCACUAAACUUUGCUGGGGUGCUGGAGGUGCCGGUGGUCUUCUUUUGUAGGAACAAUGGUUGGGCGAUAAGUACACCUGUUAGUGACCAGUUUCGAAGUGAUGGGGUUGCUGUCAGGGGCAAAGCAUAUGGAGUCCGCAGCAUUCGUGUUGAUGGAAACGAUGCUCUUGCUAUAUUCAGUGCUGUGAGUGCUGCUCGCGAGAUGGCUGUUAAGGAACACAGACCCAUUCUUAUCGAGGCGCUCACAUACAGAGCAGGACAUCACUCCACUUCGGACGACUCCACGAAAUAUCGCCCCGCCGAUGAAAUUGAACUGUGGAAAGGUGCCCGGGAUCCGGUGACAAGGUACAGGAAGUGGAUUCAAAGAGAAGGUUGGUGGGACACUGAUGCUGAAUCCCAACUUCAAGCCACUCUCAGGAACCAGAUCUUACACGCAGUUGAAGAAGCGGAGAAGGCGAAGAAACCUGCUGUUAGUGAAGUUUUUACAGACGUUUAUGAUGCUCCGCCCGCCAACCUCCGCGAGCAAGAGAUGUCACUUAGAGACACCAUCGCAAGGCAUCCGCAUGACUACCCUUCCGACAUUCCUUUGUAGCACAACUUUUGAAAAUGCUUUCAUUUUCUCCAUGAGAAAUUAAUAAUCAUUUACAAGGAUGAUGACACACUUUUAUAUUGCAACACUAUGGUGUGGACAUCUGAAUCUUAAAGGAUUAAUAAUAAACUGGUGUUGACCCU